ACAUCAGAAGAAAACAUCGAAUUCGCUCACGGAUCGCAUCAGCAUCAGCCAGCCAGCUUCCAUAUCGAAUCAUCACCAUCGUCACAUUCGCAAGCGAGUGAAAACGGCACAUGAAACGCGAUUCGCCGCGGAGUGCAACCGAGAGAAAAAGACGGAAAAGUGAGAAUAAUUCGGCCAUCAAACUACCGCGAAGGAAUUAAACAGAAUCGAUCACAAACGGGGACGCAUUCGCCUUUCACAGAUCCUUAUCCUAUCCGUGCACAAUACGGAUUGGGUGGAAUCGUCGGGAAUGGUGUGCAGACUACUGUCCCCCCAAGUGCUAUGAUGUGAAUGAAAGCAACGAAAAAAAACGAUUGCAGUGUGUGAAAAAUUCCGAAAAUUGUACCCAGGAGCCCGAGAUUAUUAUUCUUCCGCGGGGUGAAAUAAUCCGUACGUAGGGAAGUAACUGUUUCACUUCUUUCGAGGGUUCUUGUUACUUCCUAUUCAGUUUGUGAACGAAACAAUCGAGUUAAGAAGACGUGAUCUGCUUGGAAGAAAAUAGCUACUUUCUGCCAACUGGCAAGUCCAGAAAGACAGAAGAAAAGUGCAGGAAAAUUCGUCAGCGAGUUUUUUUUCUCGGUUGAAAAGAAGUUUUUGUCCCGUAGGAAGCAAACGAUUAUCCUGCAUCCACAGUAGUGAGAUUUUGGAGCCUUCAGCGUUCGUGCGUGCGUGUGUGUACGUGCUCCAAUUCCGGCCGAAAGGAAGAAGGGUGGAGGAUUUUUCGUUGCAGCUGUUGGAACCGCUGCUAGCAACGGAACCACCACGGCGAGAAAGUAGCAGCUGGCUGAACGCGGAUAAUGAAGAGGAGAAAUGCCGAUUGUGGCAAGAUUCGACGACCCAUGAAGAGGAAUAAAAUAGCAGAACAGUUCGGAAGCAACACCCUGCUAUACAUCAAGUUCUUACUAUUAUGGGCGUUCGUAAUCACCGCUGACUUUCUGUUGGAGUUCCGCUUCGAGUUUCUGUGGCCAUUCUGGCUACUUCUGCGUUCAGUCUAUGACUCAUUCAAGUACAAAGGACUGGCUUUUUCGGUACUGUUCGUGUGCAUUGCCAUCACUUCCGAUCUGGUGUGCUUGUUCUUCAUCCCAGUGCAGUGGCUGUUCUUUGCGGCCAGCACCUACGUUUGGGUGCAGUAUGUUUGGCAUACGGAUAAAGGUAUCUGCUUGCCAACCAUAAUUCUUUGGAUACUUUUUGUCUAUCUAGAAGCUGCCAUCCGAUGGAAGGAUAGCCGGAAUAUUCCACAUCUAGAUCUGUGUCGGCCAUUUGCGGCUCACUGCAUUGGCUAUCCGGUAGUGACACUUGGGUUUGGCUUUAAAAGCUACGUCGGUUACCGAAUAAGGCAACGGAAGCAGCGUGAAGUUGCCAAGGACAAUGACUUCUAUAUGCAGCUGCUGCAGGAAGCACUGCCCAAGGAAGAAAACGCUGCCAGCAAUGGUGCCAGCGAAGUGAAUCCCGACCAUCCGGAUCAUCAACUGGCUCCGGUUUCACAGCCAAAAGAACUUGCCGUAACGGUAGUCAACAACACCAGCAGCAACAGUUGCAAUAGUGUCAGCAGCACCAGCAGCAGUGGAGGCGACAGAGGAGGUCAUAACAAUCACCAUCAUCAUCAUAAUAGUAAGAACGCUCAAAGUCACAGUAAAUCACAAAGCAGUAUGCUAUCCACGAACCAGGUUAAUGGUCAUGCCGGAACAGGAUCCAAUCUAACGACAGCGUCCGGGAACAGUGCAACCGUAAGCGCGAUGAACGGCAGCGCCAAUCACUCGAAGCAUCUGCAUCGGAAGAGUUUAGACAAGGAAAGCUCCAGCUCACUAAGCGGGAAAGCUAACAGUUAUUCAUAUCAUCAACAGCAGCAGCAGCAAAAUAACAGCACCAGUAGCACUACAAAGGAAAUCUCGCGAUCUAGCGAUAGCCCGCAAACCAAUGGUGCUGCCAUGUCUCCGAAGGAGAAAAAAGACUGCGACUCAUCGGGGCUUCAAAAAGCUCAAUUUGAUAGUCUCUCUUCAGUAAGUUCUCAAACCAACGGCAGUAGUACCAAAUCUACUCAAGCCGUCGAUAGCAUACAUGACACCAGCGGGAGUCGGAGCAAACACCAGCAAAACGGGCACGUGGUUAACUACGACAUGGAACUGCAACAGACACAGAUCCAACCUCCACAGCCACAGCAGAACCACGUCGAUAACGAGCCUCCAGCAGAGCCAAAAUCUAAUCGCGCUGGUCGAAAGAAUCGUGUCAAGCAGAAGGAAAAUACCAAUCACCUAGCAGCGGUUCGGCUAGCGGCAACUCUUGCACUAGCAUCUUCAAUAACAACUCUUACGACAACGACUGCCGCAUCCGCGGUACCCACGACGACGACGACGACGACUUCGCCAGCUUCAGUAACUUCCAAGGACAAUCUUUUGCAGAACCACGAACAGUCACAUACCACAGCCGGAAACAACAACACUGGUUCGAACAAUAAUCAAAAUGGCACCGAGAGUACAACCACCGGUUCUACGGCGGCGGUGGGUUCAAGUACUACCCAAACAAUCACGACGGCAACAGCAACCACGACGACGACGACAGUACCAGAACCCACUGCCGUACCUCCAGUGGUCAAAGUCUGCGACACCUGCAGCCGGUUUGAAGCAGAAAUGAAAAAACUACGCUCUGAAAUUGGCAGUUUGAAGCAGAGCGAGAACGAGACACGGCAAUCCUACGACUCCGUCACAAACAAUCUGAAAUCAUGUUUGCAGGCCAAACAGAAGGACUGCGAUGAGUUGAAGAACAAAUACCAAGACCUGGCGACGCAGCGUCAACAGGAGCGACAAAGUCUGCAGACUGUCGAACGACGGCUGGGCGAAGAGCGACGCCACCGGCAAUCGCUCGAAUCGCAGCUACAGAACGAACGAAAACACCGGAAGCAAGCGGAGGACAAAGCCGCCCGGGCUGAUUGUGGUGAGGCGUGCAAGCAAAAACGACAGCAGAUGGACAUGGAGAUACAGAAGCUGCGCCGAGAUCUAAAGAGCACGGAGGACGCGAAGCAUAAUGCCGAAAAACAAACUCUCAACUUUGAGCAGGAGAUGCGUAAAUUUGAGGUGCAAUUGAGGAACCGGGAGUCCCAACAAAGUGCUGAAGUACUUAUGUCAGCACUCGCGGCAAUGCAGGAUAAGAAUGCUACCCUGGAAAAGAACCUUUCGGCUGAAACGAGAGUUAAGCUGGACUUAUUCUCGGCCCUCGGUGAUACCCGACGGCAGCUGGAAAUUGCUACCUGUUCACUUCGCACUAAGGAUAAGGAGGUUCUAGAUUUGAAAGCAAAAAUUGUUCAACUGCUGGCGGUGAUGCCAGCGAUGCCAAACGAUGCGCUUUGUCUGUCUGGCCCUGGGCCUUCGUCCGGCGGUGGUGGUGGAGUUGGAUCGCAUAUGCGACUGUCCGAUGCACCACAGUUACUCUCUCAGUCCGCACUGAAUGGGAUUACUGGUCAGGCUAGUCCGAUGUCGCACAUGGUAAUGAAUAAUCCGCCGCUGAUCAGUCAAUUAAGCAACCUAGGUGUGCUGACAUCCACCAUUACGACUGCGUCGGCUGCCAUGUCUGCUGGCUGUGCUCCCGCGAACGUCAUGUCAGGUAGUGGAAUGGUUCCUCCUUCGAUGCAGCAGACGGGCCCCGGUAUUGUUGCUGUAUCCGCUGCCGGCUCCAAUGGCCAAAUAGUACAAAUGCAAAACUCAAACAACUGUCCCUCCAAUCUGGAUCCGAACGCGUCUGUCUACACACCCAAGAACUGCUCGUCGAUGGUCGGUGGUGCUGAGGCCUGACCAGCGGCGUUGGAAUUGCAACAAUUCCUACCAAUCAGCAGCAAUUGUACACCGUUUCCCAGUCUUGAUCUAAUCAGCAGUUCUGGUACCAAUCAGUUCGCCUCCGCACAGCAAUCUCUUCUGCAAACACAACAGCAACAGCAGCAGCAAGGUCAUCCUUACUCCUAAUAUGGGACAAGGGUUCCCGCGCGAGUGUUCCACUUUGAUCUCAAAAAAAUCUCCGAAGUGUGCGGUUUAAGCAAGAGAUCCAUUAAACAACAAAAUGUUCCUAGUCUUUGUGUUUUCCUACACAUUCACCAGAAGCUUCAAACUGAACCUGCUGCGAUUUGUUUGCAUAGGAAAUACUUUUUUCUCGUAGUCAUCUUUCGUUUUGCUUUGCUUCGAAAUUUUCAAACAUGUCAUGAUUUGGAUAAGAUGAAACGAUUAUCGCUUGAAUUUAGUUUUGUCUGUUCAACAGAAAAAAAAACACAAAGUACUAUCCAACAAUUUUGUACGUAUUACAGGAUAUUUAUUGAUCAUUGUCCUGCGAUUCAUAUGCAUUACACGAUAUGGACGUACUUUUUUUAUUUUUUGUGGUCGAACAAAGUUGUGAUGAGUUUCCUAGCACAUACAUGAUACAUAAGUCAGCAAGAAUUCUAAUUUGUCUCUGUGCGCUCUCUCUCUCUCUAUCCUGACGAUGCUAGCAUCGAAUAAGGAAGGAACGUUAAAGUGAAUUAAAUUUAUCAAAAUAAUAAAUGAGAAGAAGAAACAAGAAAUGUUGUGAUAUUCAUAUUACUUAAAAUUAAUGAUUUAAUUUUUUAAUUUUUAAAAUUGUAGCUUAUUAUUUAUAUAAAAUCGAUAAAAGGAAGAAAAAAGUAGCUCCUAAUUUUAUCACUCGCGUUAGCCGACAAUUAUUAUGAGUAUGAUUAAAUUGCAACGUAAUGGAUCUGCUGAUCGAAAACAUCAUACAGACGCGAAGACAGAGCUUAAACAUUUCAACCGGAAAAGUUUUAAACCCAAACUGAAAAAAUCGUCAAAUUUGAGAAAUUCGCGCGCAUUGAACCGGAACUCGUAACUGAUAGGACAGGAGAUUAACUAAAACCUAUCAGCGCACCAUUUGCAGUGUUUAAAAUCUCAUUAAGAAUAACCGACGGGAACGACGACAGUCAAGUUUGAGUAUUGCAUUGUAAGUACUUUCCUAUAAAACUGGUGUAGAUAAUGACAUCAACUUCAGAGUUCAGUCAAAGAAGGAAAACUGCAAACAUACAAUCUAUUUUAAGCUUGAACAAGGACUUUACUGUAGAGAUUGUCAGAAACAGAAAUAAACACAUCCACUCAUGAACAAUGAUGAUAAAAAACAAAUUCUUUGAAAACAGAUGAAAUCCAGGAGAAAACAUACGCUGUCACAUAUAAAUAGAAGAGGAUAACGUAGACUCUUUUGAGACAGCAAAUGAAAUGAUGAUAAUGCAAAAUAUGCAGAAAAGAAGUAUGAUGAUAAGAAUAAACUGAAAAAUGCAAGCUAAACCCGUUCA